AUGAGUGAAACUCAAUUAUCCGACCAAUAUUUGUACCAGAGCUCGCUCAAGAGCGACCCGGAGAUCAAGGUAUCAUCAGGCAAGCGUGUACCGUUUGUUAUCGAUCUCAACCAGGGAUCGUAUCAAAAUGGUGUCAUCACUAUUGACGCAACAGCUCAACUGAAUGGAUCAGAAGGGUUUGCGAGCCUCCGUGAUGCCUACAUUAUGCUUCCGUACAAAGUAUCGAUGAAGAAUGGUGCUACUGGUCAGACUCUACCUGCUAACCGCUUCUGCGCUACUCUAAAGUGUGGCAACUGGAAUGUCAUCGAUAGCCUGAGUCUUGAACUAAAUGGUAAGACCAUCGUAUCGAUGGCCGACUACAAGCUCUUUUGGAACAACGUUCGCGCUCAGACUGGAUACAGUCCUCAGUAUGUAGAGAAGCAUGGAGCGGAAUCGUUCUUGUUCCCCGAUGCUGCUCAGUCCGUCUCGUACAGCUCUGGAACUAAUUCCCUCAACGGCGAUGGCUAUUCAAACACUGCUGCCUUUUCUUCAACUUUCACCACUUCUACUCCUGCUGGAGGAGCAACAAUUGCUAAUGACGGUCUCGUAAAGCGUCUGUUGUCGAACCCUCCUACUGCUGGCGUUGAUUUCUCUUCGACGUGGCCUUCGGUGGGUGGAGCUGCUGCUUCUACCACCAUUGCUAACCAAACUGCUCGUGGUGCAUUUGUAGCUGGUGCUGCCACUGCUAACGCAAUCAUGGGUACAUGGAACUACAUGCUAAAGAUCAAGCUAUCCGAUCUCCAUCCUAUCUUCAAGGAACUUGAUUUAAUGGCUAAUCCCCAGAUUCGUCUCCGUUUCCGCGUCAAUCAGGGAACUUCUACUAUCGCUGUAGAUUCUACAAAGGGUAUGUCUCUAACUUCUACUACCCUUGCUUCGGGCAAUGUAUGUCCUGUAAUGGUCGCUGCCUCUUCCAGUGGUAAUCCCAUGGCUGGAGUGCUUGCUGCUUCUGCCGGAUUCAGUAUCUCUUGGGGCGCUGUAGUCAAUGCUCUUGAACCUACUAUCGAUGGAACGUAUAUGCCUUUCACUACGGCUCGCCUGUAUGUACCGUUUGUUCGCUACAACGAUUGCUACGCUCAGUGGUUCUAUCAGCGGGCUGGUAUUGGAAAGCAAUCGACUCAGCAUAACGCUUCCUUUGAUCUACAGCUAUCGGCAAGUGUUAAGAAUGCGAAAUACGUAGUUGUACUCCCUUUUGCUGAACAGACUGGUAAUUUCGCUUCUGCUACUGUUCAGGAAUUCCAAUCUCCGUUCGAUAGUUCUCCAUGGACACUCCACCCAGGUAGUUCGAUUCGCAACUUCAACGUGCGCAUUGGUUCUACUCAGGUGUUCGACAUUAGCCAUGAUUAUGACUUCCAUCACUUCCACAAUGAGUUGGCUAAGAUCUCUUCGAUCAAUGGUGAUCUAACACCUGAAUUAGUUAAUGGUCUCCUUGACUAUCAGACGUGGUCGCUAACUAACCGUGUCCUUAUCGCUGACGUUAGUCGUCUGACUGAGCGUGAUGUACCUCAAGCCAUUCAGAUUCAGGGUACCAACGCUGGAUGUCAAGGCGUAAAUCUGUUGGUCCUCUUGAUCAGCGAACAGGAACUAACGUUCGAUAGACUAACCGGCGAAAUUUUAGAAUUCUCAACCGCAUAG